AUGUUGCCACUGUCAGGCUGCUUAUUAUGAGCCACAUACGAUCAGCACCAUCAGCCAUAUUCUGUCUACAGAGUCUGCUGACACUUGCUGUGUAUUUAUUCUAUCAAAGCUUGAGCACUGUAAACCUUUGCUCUGUGUGCUCCUCAUACUUCAUUCACACAAACUCCUGAAAGAACAGAACUCUAUUACACAUUAAAUGUGCAAAGCAAGGAAUUGUGUUGUUCCUCUCUAUCAUUUUCUGCAUGGGUUUUUUUUUUUUUAUAUACAUUUUCACAUUCAGCACAAGAUGUCUGAGCUCUUCAAUGUAGGCUCCCCUGCCUGUUGCUCUAAACUUCUUGCCUCCCCACAUCCCAGCCACAAUAUUUUAACUCUUCAACUGACAACCACACACUAACUAUUCCUAUCACCAAGACAGUAACAUGUGGCUUUUUAGUUACUGUGCAGCAAAAAGUGGAAUUCUCUUCCGUACUUGCCACCAGCCGCUGAAUCCGUAAAACUUGCACUAAAAACAUAUCUCUGCUGAAUGUUACUACUAACAACAGUCCACUUAACGAUAGUUGAUGUUCCAACCCAUUCGCUCACUCUUUUGACUUCUAAUGACUUGUCUGCCCUUCUUGUAUCCUGCUCUAGAUUAUCUAGCUCAUCUACAGGUUACCCCAUUUCUCUCUGCAUCUUUGUCUUAAUACUUUGUUGUUACUUAUUGGAGAGAAAUAUUUCAGCUUCAAAAGCAGACAAGAAUGGUAACCUGCCUCUUCAUGUGGCACUAUGCAGAGCUCUUUCACUUCCACCAACUGAGGCAAAAGAAGUGUAUUUCAAUGUGGUGGUGCCGCUUAGAGAAGCAUAUCCAUUGGCUGUGGACAUUGAUGAUGAAGAAGGCAGGAGCGGCCAUGACAUGCUGACUGCUCUGAAACAGCAUAUACAAAAGGGAAGCAGUGGACCCCAGAAACAGCCAGAAAUGUUGCAGCAGUCUUAUGAGGAAGAGUGGAGAAAGAAACUUGCUCAAGAAUUUGAAUCAGAAUCUACAGAAUUUUUUGGUCGUUAUGCUUGUGAGGAAGGCAUAACCCAAGAAACUGAACAAGAAAGCUAUGAUGAGUGGGCCAACCGCAUGGGGAGAGAAUACAGGCAACACAAAGAAAAACAAAAGAAAUAUUACAGUGGUGGUGUUUCUGAUGGAACAAGGGACAAAUGUCAACAUCAUGAGAAAGAUAAUACAAAGGCAAGUCACCACAGUAAAAGGAAGGCCGCUGAUGAGGAGGCACUGAGUGAGGAAAGGAGAAAAAUGCAGAAAAGAUACCGCCACGAAGAAGACAAAAAUAAAAGGCUUGCCCUGAAGAAAAAUAAUUAUGAAACAAACUAUCAUGAUGUUCUCCAAGACAAGAGUGGACAAAAACUUGGGUUCCAUGAUAUCCCAUGGCCUUGUGAGGGUAACAUAGAGAAUGUAGUGGAGGUGCUGUUUUGUGAUCUCCCUGAAAUUCUAGAUCCUGGUUUAAGAAAAUAUUUAAGAGAACAGCAAGUUCGAUGGCACCCUGAUAAGUUUAUGCAACGCUUCUCUGACAGACUAGCUCCUGAAAGCACAGAGCAGGUUCUAGAAAGAGUCAAAGCAAUUUCUCAAGCUGUCAACAGUAGAGUAGAGACAGUUCUGUCUAAAACAAAACAAUGUUAGGUACAUAGUAUGAUAGGUGCACACAAUGAGCAUUUCAUGGUCCUUUGUAUAUGUGUGUGUGUGUUUGCUAUGCCAUGUGUGUCUUACAAAGUGUCUAGUUUUAUAGAGGUCAGGAGUAUGUUCCUAUGCAUCAGAACAAGAGAGACUAAAUGCUAAUCAUAACAUAUAAAACUUAUCUAUGCAAUUUUUUGAUCAGCAGCUUUAAAUAUGCAAGAUAUCUUGAAUAAACUGUUGUGCAUGAACUUGU